AUGAUGCAGCUCGUCUACCGGCCCAGUCCAGCCGAGCUACGCGGCUCAGCUAGCCAUCCAACAGCCCAAACCCGCUUGUCUCAGCAGACUUCUGGCAGCUCAGGCAAUCCAGCACUCUGUGCUAUAGCCCCCCUGGCCAAUCAGCAAGGCUUCAAAUACGUGGACCAGUACCCGAUCGAUAAACAUGCUGGCCCGAUGUUCAUCCACAAGAAGCAAAACAGCUUUUGUGGUAUUUGCGGCAUGUGCAUUACUCUUGAGGAUGAGCAGGCUGUCUCUCGCGUAGUGAACCCGUUCACCACCACGGGUCCUGAUGCGGCUCAGCACGCUGAUGCCGGUAAUGAGGAGUUCGAAGAGUUGCAGCAGGGAGAGGAUAAUUCUAUUGACUGCGAUGCUGCAAAUGAGCGCAAGUUCGGCGUCAUGCCUCGUCCAGGAUGGACUGGAAUGUAUCGUGUUGUUGUCCGUCAGAAAAAGAAUCACCAUGGCAAGGAAGAGCCGCAUUACUACGUCUCCGGACUUGGUCGCUACCAUCUCUGGGACACCGACCCAAAAGCUCGUAAGAUGUACAACAAGUGCACUUAUGAAGCCAAGGAGCCCGUCUUCACCGUCCCUCGUGAACAGGGCGAUUCACUAAUUGACCGACGCCACUUUUACAACAAGAAAUUGACCAAGAAGCAAAAGCAGAACACCACUCAAUACCCUCCAGUCAAGAGAGUCAGCGUCUACCCACGUCAUUACCACGAUGACAAGAACGAAAAGUUUUUCCCUCACGGCUUUCCUAUUCAUGACAAUUGCUGGAAGAUGGCCGUCAAGAUUAUUGGAGAAAGCAGGCUCCAGAGUGAUUUGAACUUGUUUAUUGAGACGCUCCAAGACCGAUUCAUUGACGAAGCUAUGUUCACAGAGGGACGUCAAAUCUCAGACUGGAUCGUGAAUGAAACAGGUAACUGCGGUACCUGGCAUCAAGCCAAUCGCACCGCAGACGACGUUAACCGUAUCCUCAUUGCCAUGCACGACCCAGUCCACGUCGAUGAGGUCGAGGAUCUCAUCGCCGAGAGCGCACGCCGCUAUACUACCAUGAAGCAGAAGCUCCAUGACGCUGGUGCUACCACCUCUGCCUCUAAUCAGAAUGGCGCUCAUGACUCUGUCAUGAACAUGCUCGACGAAAUGCACCACUCUGAGGUCGAGGCUUUCUUGAACCAAACCAAAGUCGUCGUGCCAUGGACCUACUGGGUACGACGAGCGCCGUACGAUAUCAUCUGGGAGCUCGAGUCGAUUGAGGAAUACAGCACCCCUCUGGAUUGGCAGUAUCUCUGUCUCCAUGCUGAGCGUUUAUGCGAGGAGUCGUUAGGCAUAAUCAAUCGAAGCCGUAUCUGCAACAUUCUACGCGAAGUCAAGCAUAGUAUGUUCGAUUCGAUGAGUGACGAUGAUGACGUCUCGAUUGUUGAGCGAUCGAGUAGUGACGGUGCGUCGACUCUUGCUGCCAACACCAAGUCUACUGAGAAGGAGUUGGUCGACUUGAUAGAUUCAGACUGGGAGCAGGAUGCUUUCAUGGAGGAUGAAUGA